AUGACCAAACUACGCAUUUGCUAUUUAGCUUCUGGUGUCAUUUGCAUCCUCUUCAUCAGCUUCAUGAUCACCUUAGUUCUUGCGCAAACCGUGUUCAAACCAAAACAUCCUCUACUACAAACCGUGUCUUCAACUGUCGAAGAUGUAUCCACAUAUGUAUCGCCAACGCUUGAUGUCCAGCUAAAUUUUACUCUUACACUUCAGAUGCUGAUGACGAAUCCUAACCUUGCAGAUUUCGAAUACAAGACGGUGGAAAAUUUAGUUUAUUACAGAGAUAUUCUAGUGGGAAAUCUCACUCUUCCUUCGACUACACUCCCAGCCAAAGGCUCAGUGCUUUUGCCAUGUCCUCUAGUACUUCAGAUCGAUAAAUUUGUUGCAGAUUUAGGUGAUAUUUUGCAAGAUAUAUUGCAAAGAAAAAUUGUGAUAGAGACGAAGGCAAAUAUGCCUGGAACAAUCACAGUGUUGGGAAUAUUUAAGGCACACUUACAUACAUUAUCGCAUUGUAAACUCGUACUUAGCUUUCCUUCAAUGGAAGUGGAGAUGCAAGUGUGUGAGCUUGACACUAACCUAUAA